AUGGCGAGCCCAAGCAAGUACAAAUAUGGAGACAUCAUCUACGAGCUCAACCGGCCCAAGUCUCUCAAUGCAUUUGGGGGAAACCUGCUUAUUGAAGUCGUGACGGCACUCCGAGAACUCAACGAACACCCCGAUACCGUUUUCACGGUCAUCACGGGCGAGGGCAGGUUCUUCUCCUCGGGCGCAGAUGUCAAGGCGACUGCGGGCAAAAAGGAGGUCGAACAUUUCAGUCCAGCCGCUAAAAAGAUCGACUUCAUGGAUAGCAUCAGUACCGCUAUCGAGCUCCUCCGGUCAAUGAUCGACCACAAGAAAGUCCUCGUCCUGGCGCUCAACGGACCGGCUGUCGGCGGGGGCGCGGCCUGGUUCCCAGGUGUCGCGGAUAUUGUUCUCGCCGCGGAUACUGGCUACCUUCAAGUGCCGUUCAGCGCCUUGGGCCUUGUUCCCGAGUUCGGCUCCGCCACCAACUUCUACCACUCGCUCGGCGCACAUCGCGCCAACGACUUCCUCAUGUUCGGCCGCAAGUUGACCGUCCAGGAGCUCGAGCAAUGGGGAUUAAUCAAUAGGAUCUUUCCCACUCAGGGAUUUCACGACAAAGUGGUGGAGUUCUUAGAGGAGCAGUUGAGCGUGAAUGACGGAAAGUCAAUGAUGGAGGCAAAGAGGCUGCAAAACCUACCGUUGAGGAGAGACAGGAUGCUUGCGGUUUACGAUGCUGCUGAAGCGCUCGCAGAAAGAUUUGUUGAGGAUGCCCCGAAGCAGAGGUUCGCUGAGAAGAACAGGUUGCUGCUUGGUGGGUGA